AUGCCUAUGAAAUGGACUCCUGAGAAAGAUCAGCUUCUCUUAUUGAAGAUCCUCGAGACUCAUGACUUCAGACUGGAUCCUAAAAAGGUUGCUGAAGUCUGGCCGGCCAUCGAUAACCAGGAUAAACCUACUCCCCGUGCCAUCACUGAGCGUCUCGUGCGCAUCCGUGCGAUGGUUAAACCGGGAAAGAGCAAUGGCAGCUCCAUGAUUUGCCCUCGCUCUGGAUCCAGCAGUUUGUCUCCUGUAUCGAAGAGAGGACGCAAACCUAGAACCCCGAAUUCAACCCCUAGGUCUGGCCGGCGGAAGAAGGCUGCAGGUAUCAUCGGAAACGGCAAGAACGCACCUACCCAGAGCUCGCAACCCAAAAGAGAUAUGGGUCUUGAUGAUGACGACACUAUUGUUCCUACGGACGCGGAGCACGAAUUGGAUACCGAUUUUGUUACGGGGAAGGUCGACAGCAUUUCCAUCCAAACGCCUACCAGGAAGAAUGGAGAGGGGCUCCUCAACUUUCCUACGUUCAAGAUUGCAUCGCCUCCCCCAGCCUUAAGCCCUGCUGCUGCUACCGCUGGGUUCAUAAGCCCCAGUGACGUUCAAGUUGGAGUUAGCUUGGGCUUGGGGAUCGGAAAGGAGGCUCAGCGGUCACUUGAUGCUGUUGGUGACGGAAGUCCAGUCAAGCGCACCUCCAGGGCCCGCCGGGCUACGACCACAUUCGGCUUGGUCAGCUAUACUGAUCAUCUUGCUGAAGGUGAGGACGGGUUCGAGGGAUAUAUGGAUGAAGUGGACAGUUCGGCAUCGGAUUAUGUCCCUGAUAGUGCCGUUUUAGACGAGGAGGAUUUUGCAUAG